AUGGGUUUCGCUGAAGACGCGGCGUGGAAAUUGCGGUGCAAAGUUCUACCCACGAAAGAAAAACCCGGACGCAGUAUCGCAGAUAUCGAGGCCAGUCUUUCCGAAAAUGACCCGAAGAAAGCCAACCCCAAGAAUCCCACCCUCGGCGCCGAAGCCACCGUCAUAACGCUCUACGAAGGAAAGAACAGUGUCCCUGGCAUCUACGACUGGGUCAAUCACCCACCGAAGCAGAUGAGCAAGAAGGCCGCGCAGAUUCAGAACAAGCCUGCGAUCAAGGUCUACAAGAUCAAGGACCUCAACAAACCAGUCAUCGGCGGCAGGUUUUCCUUGGCCUACCACCAGAUCGCCAUCCAAAGCCCCGUUCUGGUCGCCGCCUUGGAGCCGAUUCUCAAGAAGGAGAACUGGUUUCUCAACCUCGGCGACGUCGCGUUUUUCUUGGCGCCUUUCCAGCCCUUGUUCUUUCGAUACGAGGAAAUCGUCCGUCUUCACAGGGAGACCGAGGAUGCGUCGCUGAAAGCCUACGCGCAGCCCCUGGUGCAGACGCUGGAUCAGAUACUCGGCGAGACGCGAGACAAGACGCGCGGUCUGCAGGCCAACGGCCUCAUCAACUUCGACUUGGCCUGGACUCUUUUCUCGAACGGCACCGUCAUGUAUAGCUCCGGCUGCAAUACCGAGAUGCUGUCCAAGGUGGACGAUGUUACCUACGUUACGACGAAAACUGGCAAGGCACUGCGGCUCAACUGCAAGGUGCUCUCCUUCAAUGGAGAGUCCUUCGUGUGGGUCGAACAAGCAUUUGACAUUCCCAAGUUCGCGGGGAACAAGCUCAUUACCGACUUGGAUCACUACCCGCUCCAGUUUCACGCCGAUAGAGACCAGAUCAAGGAGCGUUUGAUUGCGAGGGGCAAGACGGUUUUGGACUUCCAAGGCCUGAAGUACUGUAAUUACAACGGCAUCGCCCUGGGAAGUGAAGGGAAACAUAACGUGGAGGGCCGCAUUCUGGUCGACGUCGUCGGGUACAGAAAGUACGAGCUCACUCAGGGCAAGAGAGAGGUUGACGACCCCGAGACCCAGAGGAACCGGGCGACCACGAAGCACAAUGCCAGCUCACACGUCGUGACGAUCGAGGGCUUCUCCAGGUGUCUCCCCGCGGAUAGACCUAAGGCCAAUGCGCCUGAUGUCGUCGAAGAAGCGAACGACAAGACUGAUGGCGCAGCCGAAGUCCACAAGCAUCUCAACGAAAAACAGCAGCUCCACAACAAGGAGCAAAUGCUUGCGCGCCAGGACGAUCUGUGUUUCUUGGCACCGACGAUUGAGGGCUACGCGUUGAAGAACAAACUGUGGUUGUUGUUUUAUGUUGAGGACAUCUCGCCUAUCGUCUGGAACAAUGAAGCUUAUGAUCACCUCGUCUACAACGAGGAACAGAAAGACCUAGUCCUUUCCUUCGUAGAGAACCACGGUAUCUCAAAGCAACAUCAGGUGGAGGACGUGAUUGUCGGGAAAGGACAGGGUCUCAUCGUUCUCCUCAGCGGCCCUCCAGGCACGGGAAAGACGUUGACCGCCGAGGCCGUCGCAGACAGGACUCACCGACCGCUGUUCUACCUGCAAGCAGAGGACCUCGGCAUCAACGCAGCAUUGUUGGGAGCAAAGCUCAAACACGUCUUUGAGAUGGCGACGGAUUGGGAAGCAGUCAUUCUCCUCGACGAGGCCGACGUGUUCAUGUCGAAGCGCCAUCCGCACGACAUCAUCCGCAACGAGCUGGUGUCCAUCUUCCUCCGCGAGCUGGAGUACUUCCGUGGCAUCAUCUUCCUGACGACGAACCUCUACGAGACAAUCGACAACGCCUUCCGGAGCAGAGUCAGCCUGCAUUUGAGGUUCAGUCCUCUGACCCAGGAUGCGAGAAUGCAGAUCUGGCGCAAGUUUCUCGGCAGACUGCCGCGGCAAGAGGUCGACGAAGAUCAGGGGAAGAUACUCUCUGAGGAGGAUAUCGAGGACUUGAGUCUGUGGCGUCUGAAUGGACGAGAAAUAAAGAAUGCCGUGAAGAUGGUGACGGGCUGGUGCACUCACAAGGGGCACGAGAUGAACCUGACGAGGAUGGAGGCGGGUAUUCGGGCGACGACUCCUGAUGCGACGAAGUCUGGGCAUCCCAAGGACGAUGAUGUCCUUUACGAUUCCCGGGAUAGUAGGGUAGAUUAG